GCGCAGGUUUCGCGGAAGUGGUGAAACGCUGUUCGUGCCAUCGGACGACGAAACCGUCUGCCAAAAAGCAGAGGUGGUGAUCUUCAAAUCAGACAUACUGCUAAGCGAGCAAAAAAAAGGAUACGCUUUCAGCACCUGCUCUUCAGUUCUCACCGUUUCAGCAGACACAUCAAUGAUGAUCCAGUAUCUCGUGCCAAGCGGUGUCCUUGAAUUUGCCUCGUGCUUCCUCAAAGGCACUGCACUGACUCUCGUUGGCGCUAUUCUAUUCGUUGGAGUGAUCGCCUGGAUUGCCCGAAGGGUACAGUGGAAAACAUACAAGCAUCUCAAGCACCUGCCUCACCGCAAAGAGCAGGUGCCUUUUCAAGGAUUAUGGAUAAUGUUUAAGGCCUGCUCACCGCCCGACUCACCUAUCAGGUUCAGCACAAUGAUCUUCUCCGCAAUAUGUGGGUUACAUGCCCGAUUCCAGAGGUAUGGCAGGCACGUGGUCUACGUGGGAUUCACGCCUCUACUCACGGUGUACAAAGCUGAGUAUGUAGAGGAAAUACUGUCUAGCAACAAAAUUUUGGCGAAGGGCCUUCAAUAUAACCUACUACACAGCUGGCUUGGAACUGGCUUACUCACAAGCUCAGGUGACAAAUGGCGCUCCCGGAGACGGCUUUUCACGCCAGCAUUUCAUUUUAAGAUUCUGGAAGACUUCUCGGCAACAAUAAACGCCCAGUCAUUAAUUCUCUGCAAUAAAUUGGAAAAGCUAUCUCAGAGUGGAGCAAACUUUGACGUCGUUCCCAAGGUCACCCUUUGCACAUUGGACAUUAUUUGCGAAACCAUUAUGGGAACGUCCAUAUCAGCUCAGAGCAAUGAGAACAGCCCAUAUGUCGCCGCUGUUAACAGGCUGGGUGAGCUAUUUUUGGAGAGAACGAUGAGGCCUUUUCUACAAAUCGACUUUGUGUACAAGCUCACAGCGUCUGGGCGGGAGUUCCACAAAUGUCUCGAUGUGGUUCACUCCUUUGCACGAAAGGUCAUUGAAGAGAGAAAAAAGGAGUUGGAAAAAGAAGUCAAUGAAGGCACCUUAAAGCUCGACAGCUCCAGUGAAUCUGAAGCUAGGGCCAAAAAAAGGAGGCCUUUUCUGGAUCUUCUCAUUCUGGAACAUCUCAAGAAUGACAAGUACAUCACUAAAGAAGAUAUACGAGAAGAAGUGGACACCUUUAUGUUUGAAGGUCACGAUACAACAGCAAUGGGGAUAAGCUGGGCACUUUUCCUUAUAGGCCACCAUCCACAGGAGCAACAAAAGAUUCACGAGGAACUGGACCAAAUCUUUGGUGAGGACAAAGAGCGUUAUGUCAGCUUCGAAGACCUGAGACAGAUGAAGUACCUGGAGUACGCCAUCAAGGAAGCUCAACGCAUAUACCCGUCUGUUCCAAUAAUUGCAAGAACAUGCGAAGAACCAUUCGAAAUAGAUGGAGCCACCCUUCCUGCUGGAACAAUAGUACAAAUGUCGGCCUAUUUCUUACAUCGGAAUCCCCAAGUAUUUCCUAAGCCGGAAGAGUUCCAUCCGGAAAGGUUCUUCCCGGAAAACUCGAAGGGAAGGCACCCGUUCGCUUACGUUCCAUUCUCGGCGGGACCCCGAAACUGCAUCGGACAAAAAUUUGCACUCGCUGAAGAGAAGAUCGUCAUUGCGAACAUUCUGCGACACUUCACAAUCAAGUCGCUGGAUCAGCGUGACAAAGUCGAGAUUGUCAGUGAAAUGGUGCUCAGGCCUAGAAGUGGUCUCCGAAUUACGUUCACUCCUCGUUAGUCGCUUCAAUGAUAUGCAAAAAAAUAGCGUCUGAAAUUAUUUAACACCAACGCCGGCAUGUAGGUUGCGAUAUCAUC